AUGGGCCAAACAUUCAGCAAUGCUCAAACUUCACCGAAGUUAGCAAACGAUGACAAUACAAAAACAAAGCAUGCUCGCCUAUUGGAAUUACCAAAUCUCUUUAAUUCAAACGUCAGAAAGUUGUAUAGUCCUAUAGAACUAUUAUGCCUUAAGAAGAAUCUUGGUCUUCCCAAAUUAACUUCCAACACCAAUAUUUCCAAAGCGAAGCUUUUAGAGACCAUUGGAAUUCCAAGUGAUUCUAUGAUAGGGGAAAUUGUGUUCACUAUCAUAAGACAACUUUCAUACUUUUUUUCCUCAGAUUGCUCAGGUUUUUCCGAAACAGAUUUGAUUUCUGUUUUCGGUAUUCUUAAAGCAGCUGCAAUUUUGAACCCUGAGAAGUCUUUAAAAUUAAUUGGGAACAGGAGACUUAAAAUCGAAAUCGUUAUUCUCUGUUUUUCGACAGAUCGUUUCGACAUUUUGCAGGAUUCACAUACUGGUAUCGUGGAUUCAACCACAAGUGAUAUCAUAGAAAUCCCUGUUAUUGGUAACAGUGUCAUGUGGUCUGAAUUUCAGCAACUACUACAUUCUGUGGAGUGCCAUAUCAAUUCUACUAAUGUGUCGGCAAGCAAAUUACUCUCGAUUAUUCAACUAUGCCUUCUCCUUUCAACAAUAGUCUUGGGCCAAAAUAAGUCGCUUCCACUCUCGAAGCUUUAUAAUUUGAAAGAUGGCAAAUUGUGGGGUUUAUUUCAUGAUACUGCUUUGUGCAUUCUUAGAUCCUGUGACCUAUCAUUAUCAGCCAAUAAUUAUAAUGAAAAAGAUAUCUGUGGAAGACAAUUCGUGGACUUGAUAUGUAAUCCUGAGAAACCACAAGCUGUCACUUUCCCCUAUUUGCUAGAACCAUUUUGCCAUGUACUAGAUUCACUUUUUUAUGACAAGCUUAACGGUGUGGAACCACUAUUGGGUGCUCAAAAUCUUUCGAGAAUAUUAGAUAGGCCACGAUUGGCACAGUUGGCAACUGUAUUACCGGCAGAUAAUGUUUAUUUCGGACUACAGAAAAUGUAUAUAGCCUCAAACGAUGGCUUUUCUAUUAGCGCUUUGGAGAAUAGGAUUUUCAAGUGGAUGGCACCUACUGUCAUGCUAAUCAAAGGUAAAACAUCUCAUGAAUCUCAAAAAUUGCGUACAGGUCAUUAUGAUGCUAGUUGUUCGUCUGGUAUGACAAGCGCUUUUGAAAGGGAAUUUCCAAAGUUUUAUCCAACAGAUGACCUCUCACUACCAAAGAAUGAUGACUUUGAACGUGAACAUGAAGUAUUGUUUGCGGUUUAUACUAAGAAACCUUGGAAAAUUAGCAACAAAGUGUGCUUUGGAGACAAUUCUUCAUAUAUACUACAGAUGGCCCAAAGGCAAAUAAUUUGUCGAUCUUCAGGUGUAAAGGACAACUUUGCAUACUUUUCAAACGUCGGUGGAGGAGUUGGAUUUGGAUCGCAACCUCCUUUAGUUAAAAAUUCGGUGGCUUUUUAUCGACCUGGAGAGGUCUCGUUAACGUUAGACAGUGGCUUGGAAUAUGGAAACUUUAGGCAUCUUUCUGUACCAGGAACAUUUGAAAGAGGUUCUUGUUAUUUAUUACGGGAAAAUACUCCCGAGUAUGAAGUAUUUUUCCAUGUUACUAAUAUCGAAGUAUGGGGAUGUGGCUCUGAAAGUGAGCUUGAAGAACAGAAAAAGAGAUGGGACUGGGAAAAUCGUGAAGCUGCAUCAAGAAAGCAACUCAACAGUGUGACAUGGGAUGAUGGUCGAGCACUUUUGGAAAUGGCAGGUCUUGUUGGUAAGAAUCAAUAUGGGGGUAGUAUGUAG